CGGGGCUUACGGGAAAGGGAAGGGGUCCGUGCGGGGGCUGCUGGGAGUUGUAGUCCCCGCCGUCGUGCUUGCGAAGGUGGGCGGUCGGACUUGCAUCAGUAGCUGCCAGCGCGGGGCAUUGCCGGCCGUUUCGCCGGCGCGGCGUCCACUAUGCAGCGGCUGCUGAGCCUCCGACUCCGCCUGCUUUUGCAGCCGCCGGUGCUGCUCCUGGUGCUGGGGGCCGCCUUGGGGCCGCAUGGAUCGGCGGGCCUGGAGCCCAUCAGCACCACCAUCGCCAUCGGGGCGGCCUCGGCUCUGACCGGUUACCUCACCUCGCCCCGCUUCUACUGCGCCUUCGUGGAGUGCUGCCCCGGCGAGGAGGAGCGGCCCAACGGCACCGCGCUCCGGCUGAAUCUGGACAAUAAGCUUUUCGGACAGCACCUGGCGAAGGACGUGAUCCUGAAGGCGGUGACUGGCUUCGUCAACAACCCAAACCCUAAGAAACCCCUGGCGCUCUCCCUGCAUGGUUGGGCGGGGACGGGCAAAAAUUUUGUCAGCCAGAUUGUUGCCGAAAACAUCCACAAGGCCGGGCUGAAGAGCAAACAUGUCCACCUUUUCCUUUCCACACUGCAUUUCCCCCACGACCACCACAUUGCACUGUAUAAGGAGCAACUGCAGAAGUGGAUUCGGGGUAACGUCAGUGCCUGCGCCAAGUCGGUAUUCAUAUUUGAUGAAAUGGACAAACUUCACCCAGGACUGAUAGAUGCCAUCAAGCCUUUCCUUGACUACUACGAGCAGAUUGACGGUGUCUCCUACAGGAGGGCCAUCUUCAUUUUUCUCAGUAACGCUGGGGGAGACCUCAUCACCAGAGUGACCUUAGACUUCUGGCACAAUGGGCGGGACAGGGAGGAGAUCCAGCUAAAGGACCUGGAGCCUGUGUUAUCUGUGGGCGUCUUCAACAACAAGAACAGCGGCCUCUGGCACAGCAGUCUUAUCGACCGGAACCUCAUUGAUUACUUCGUGCCAUUCCUUCCCCUGGAGUACAAGCAUGUGAAAAUGUGUAUCCGAGCAGAGAUAGUCUCCCGCGGCAACCCUGUCGACGAGUCAGUGGUCCAGAAGGUGGCCGAUGAGAUGACCUUCUUUCCAAAGGAUGAACGGAUCUACUCCAACAAGGGGUGCAAGACUGUACAGACCAAGUUGGACUUGGUGGAUAUUUGACUUUUUUAAAAUGCCAUUAAACCAGAAAGAGGAGGGUGGUGAAGGGUUUUUUAAAUCUAUUGUCCUCUUUUCUCCAAAGCACCUUUUAAAAAAGUUUUUUAAUGAAAGAAAAAUUCUGGGUAUGCCCUUUUUAAAAUAUUGUGUGGGGCUCUUAGGAGCUGUUGGCUUUUUGUGGUCACACCUUAGGCAUUUCCUCUCUCAAUGUGCCAACAAGAAAACAGGUACCACUCUUGUCUUCAUGUAGAAAUCACAAGUGUAAGACCAGGAUGGCAAACUUGUGGACCACCAGAUAUUGAUGGAGUACAUCAGGUGUAGGGAACCUUUGGCCCUCCAGGUGUUGCUGAACUAAAGGUAAAGGUAAAGGGGCCCCUGACCAUCAGGUCCAGUCGUGUCCGACUCUGGGGUUGCGACGCUCAUCUCGCUCUAUAGGCCGAGGGAGCCGGCGUUUGUCCUCAGACAGCUUACGGGUCAUGUGGCCAGCAUGACAAAGCUGCUUCUGGCGAACCAGAGCAGCCCACAGAAACGCCGUUUACCUUCCCGCCGGAGCGAUCCCUAUUUAUCUACUUGCACUUUGAUGUGCUUUCGAACUGCUAGGUAGGCAGGAGCUGGGACCGAGCAAUGGGAGCUCACCCCAUUUCAGGGAUUCUGAUCAGCAGAUUCUGAUCAGCCGACCUUCUGAUCAGCAAGCCCUAGGCUCUGUGGUUUAACCCACAGCUCCGCCUGGGUUGCUGAA